AUGGCGGCGCGAAUUCACGACUGGUGUGCCGUGUGCCGCGGCGACGCCGAGUCGCACGACGACCUGAUCAAGUGCCGAGGCUGCAAGGCCAAGUACCACCUUAACUGCGCGGGCCUUCGGGCGUGGCCCGAGAAUCUCAAGGAGUGGCGUUGCACCGGCUGCGAGGGCUCGCACAGUCGGUCGUCCUCGCACCAAUCACGCAUCACCGCUGUGCGCGCUGUCCACCGUUCGCUCCGCUCGCGUGCUGCGGGCUUCUUCGAGAAGUCUCGCACCGCGAUCGCUCCCUUUGUGACGCCGGACGCUCUCGCCAAGCUCACGGCGGGCGGCGAGGCGGUGCUCGCCGCGCAGUCCAAGCCGAUCGUGCUCGGCCCGCGCGAGCCCUUCAUCCAGGCGACGCUCCGGCCCUACCAGGUCGACGGCGUCAACUGGCUGCUGCGCCAGUACUCGCUCGGCACGGGCGGCAUCCUCGGCGACGAGAUGGGGCUCGGCAAGACGAUCCAGACGCUCGCCUUCCUCUCCGCGCUCAAGGCGGCGAAGCUGCCGGGCCCUCACCUCGUCAUCACGCCGCUCGCCGUGCUGCAGAACUGGGCCAACGAGCUCAAGCGCUUCACGCCGCAGCUCUCCUUUGUCAAGGUGCACGGCUCCGCGAGCGAGCGGGAGCGGCUACUGUCGUCGCCGGCGGUGCUGCAGGCCGAGUACGACGUCUACCUGACGACGUACGACACGCUGCGCGCCGAGGAGGCCUUCUUCUCCGAGGCCUUCCUCUUCCACACCGUCACCAUCGACGAGGGCCACCGCCUCAAGAACGAGGCAUCCUCGCUCUGCGCCAGCCUCGCGCGGCUGCCCAUCCCGUUCCGCCUCCUCCUCACCGGCACGCCCCUCCAAAACAACCUGCACGAGCUCUGGGCGCUCCUCGCAUACGUCAUCCCAAACACCCUCUCCUCCUCCGCGUUCGACGCCGCCGCCUCCGUCCGGCGAGUCAAGUCCGAGGUCGAGACGUCGCUGCUCCCAAAGGUCGAGUUCGUGCUCAAGCCGCCGCUCACGCCGCUGCAGCGCUCGUGGUACCGCCAGCUACUCGGGUCGUCUCGGCUGAUGCAGCUGCAGAAGGUCGUGAACCACCCCAAGGCCAUCGCGCUCACCCUCGACCGCGACCGCGCCGCCGCCGCCGCCAAGCACGCCGCCGCUGCGGGCUCGUCCUUCAUCAAGCUCCCGCCGACAGACAACUCGCACCUGUCGGCGGCGGCGCGGCAGGACGAGGCCGCGCUGCGAGGGCUGACUGGAGAGAGCCUCGUGGCCUCGUCCGGCAGAACUCUCCGCCCGUGGGCCUCCGACACGGUGGGGCACGUCCCAAGACGCCCGCGGCUCCGUCCCGUCAUAGGCAAGCUCGCCAUGCUCGACCGACUCCUCCGCCGGUGCAAGGCGGCGGGCAGCCGCGCGCUCAUCUUCUCGCAGUACACGCUGUCGCUCGACGUCCUCGAGGAGUACGCGCGCUACCGGUGGGGCGACCUUGGCGCGGACCGCGACUGCACACCGGCGUCCGAACCGUGGCGCGUCCGCUCGGCCUACUUCCGGCUCGACGGCACCACCAACCGCAUCGCGCGAGAGAUGGACAUGCGCUCCUUCAACGAGGACGGCUCGAGCGCCUUUCUGUACCUCAUCUCGACGCGCGCCGGCGGGCAGGGGAUCAACCUCGCCACCGCCGACGUGGUGGUUCUGUACGACACGUGCUACAACCCGCAGGUGGACCUGCAGGCGCAGGACCGCGCGCACCGCAUCGGCCAGACGAAGCAAGUCAAGAUCUACCGGCUCAUCUCCCCGUCGAGCUUCGAGGAGCGCGUGCUGCGCCGCGCGCGCCAGAAGCUGCUACUCGACGCGCUCGUCAUCAAGAAGGAGGGCGAGGGCGGCGCCGGCGCCGUCUUUGACCCCACGGCGGAGGAGGCGCCUCCGCUCACCGCCGACGAGUACGACGCGCUGCUCGACGCCGCCAAGCCCGCCAACGUCAAGGACGAGGCGUCGGCGGCAAAGGUUUUGGCGGCGGAGUCAGAGGCCGUGGCGUCCGAGUGGCAGCCUGCAGCGGCGUCCCGCGACCACUCGGAGCUCGUGACCGAAAUCAAGCAGCUGAUGGUCGCGCGCGGGGUGGGCCAGGCGCAGCUCUACCGCCUGCUCGACAUCAAGAAGGAGUCCUUCUCCGCGUGGCUGACGUGGCGAGAGCGGCCGUCUCUCCCCAAGGCCACCGUUGCGGGCAUCGACGCAAAGGUCGCAGUCUACCUCGCCGAUCCGGCAAACGCGCAGGCGCAGGCAGCCGCGGCCGUCAAGGCGCGCGCAGAACUGGCUUCCGCCAAGGCUGCGGCGUCGGCGACCGAGACGGUGGAGGCGCCCCGCGAGGGGCGGAAGCGCAAGGCAGCCGCGCCCGACCGCUUCUCGCCACCCGCGAAGCUGCACCAGCCAGGCAAGGCGCGCGUCGCGCUGCAGCACGACGACUUUUGCUUCGCUUGCGGCGACGGCGGCGAGCUCCUCGAGUGCACCGUCUGCCCACGCAUGUACCACCUCGCGUGCGUGGGCCUGAGCGCGGUCCCGAAGGGGACGUGGCACUGCCCGUGGCACUCGUGCUGGGAGUGCGACCGCAAGUCGUCGCAAGUCGGAGGCCAGCUGUUCCACUGGAAGCUCAAGACUGACGGCAAGAGCUCCACGGGCUACCUGGGUGUCUCCCGCCGCGAGGACUGCGGCAGACUCAAGUUUGUCGCGCAGGUGAGCCUGCACGACGGGCAUCGCAUGCGGCUGACGUACCUCGGCGUCUUCCCCACCGCGGUGAUGGCGGCGGUGGCGGUCGCCAAGGCGAAGCUGCGCGGCGCGGCCUUCCCGGAGCUGGGCGAAGGCUGGCGGCUGCUCUCGAGGCGGCGCGAGGUGCUUGUCGAAGGCAAGGCGACCACGCGCGUCAUCAAGUGCUACAUCGACCCGCGCGGCAAGCGCUACUCGUCGCUCAAGCAAGCCAAAGCGGCAGCCGGCUCGUCCUCGGCACCCUCCGGCCGCGCCAGCAGCGCGGAGGUCGCCAUCGACGAGGCCGAUCGGAUGGACGACGGCGCUUCGACAGCCACGUCCGACAGCGCCCCGUCCGAUACGGGCCCCCUCUUCGCCGCCGACGGGGCUUGCGCCUCGGAGGCGUCGCGCUCUCGCGCCAUCGAACCGCCGGUUAAGCGCCGAGCGACGCUCGUGGUGGGACAGAAGCAGCGCCCGCCGCUCACGCUCUCGGAGCCGCAGUCCGCGCCUUGGCCACCGGGCGAGGAGCUGGAGAUGCUCGAGCGGCUCGCACAGCUCGAGAAUCGCAGGGGUUGCCUGCUUUGA